AUGGACGCCCCCCUUCCCGACUACUACCGAACGCUAGGUGUCACGCCCAGCUCGACGCCAGCCGAGAUCAAGGAGGCCUACAAGCGGCGCUCUCUCAAGACCCACCCGGAUCGCUUCCCCAACGCGACUCCCGCUGAGCGCCAACGCUACACGCAGAAGUUUCAAACGCUCGCCGACGCCUACUACGUGCUCUCGGACACCGAUCGACGUCGGGAGUACGACCAGCUGCGCAACUCUCGUCCAUCCAACGACAGCUUUUUCGGCGGCGCAUCGUACGACGAGGACGAAGAAGCAGCUUCCGAAUUCAGCGAGAAGGAGCAGAGCUACUCUGCCAACUUCUUCCAGAGCUUCUUUCCCGGCGCGUUCAAGGAGGAGGAGACCAACGAUACUCAGACCAACGAGGACCGUCGUCGUGCGGGAAGCAGCCAGCCCCAGGCAGACGGCGUCUUUGCCGACGUCUUUGAGGAGCUGCUGAGGCCGGAAGUGCAGAGGGUCGCGCCCAUUUGGAAGUUUGUCGGUGGCGCAUCGGGUACUGCGCUCGGGUUCAUUGUGGGUAACAUCCCGGGUGCUCUCGCUGGUGCUUUUGCAGGAAGCCAGUUGGGCAGGAUCAGGGACGCAAAGGGAAAGAGCGUUGCAGAGGUGUUCAUGGGGCUUGGGUCGGCACAGCGCGCUGAAGUAUUGACGAAUUUGUUGCAGCGCGUGCUCAACCAGCAGACGCGCUCGAGUUCGGGUGCGGUGCCACAAUGA